AUGAACCCCCAGGACAAGGGCCCCCAGGGGGGUCCAGGUGUAUCUGCUAUAUUUGUUCAUGCAGGCGCUGGUUUCCACAGCCGCCAAAGCGAGGAGCUUCAUCUCUGGGUGUGUAGCAAUAUAAAAUACCUCGCUAACUAUUUUGGCUACAGGGCAGCCUCACUAGGUAUGGCCAUGUUGAAGGCUGGCGGAAGUGCGGUUGACGCAGUGGAAGUAGCCAUCAAAUUCUUCGAGGACCAUGAGGUGACGAACGCUGGAUAUGGUAGCAACCUGACAAUUACCGGCGCUGUGGAGUGUGAUGCUACAAUCGUUGACUAUCUUGGCCGCAGUGGUGCAGUAGGAGCAGUCCAAAAUAUAAAGAAUCCGAUCUCCCUGGCAAGAGUGGUACUGGAUGCCUCCACACAACCACUCUCACUCAACCGUGUGCCUCCAAACUUACUUGUAUGUGGUGGUGCCACUGAUUUUGCAUAUGAACAUGGCAUGCCUGUACUUCCCUCGGAUAUCCUGGUAGCUCCAGCAGCCAGAGACCGGUGGCUAAGGUGGAAGCGAGACCUUGAUCAGGUCUCACAGAGACUCCAGAAGCGAGAAAAAUAUGUUGAGCUAGAUAGCUUUGUCCCUCAACACUUGCCAUCUCAACGAGUUAGCCAGGCCUCUACUGCAGUUGAAAGUAUUGACUCGCCACCCCACGAUUCAUGCUAUGGUGCACACUCGCUUUUUCAUGUCCCUCGAAGUCCAGCUCACGUUACCAAUAUAUGCCCUUCCAGAGAUGCAAUAAGCAUGAUUGGAUCUAAUAGAUGUGGAUCUCCCUUGCUAUGUGUUUCACGCAGUGAUAUCUCUAUGGAAGGUGAUGGCGAGGCUGAUGCAGACUUCAUCGACGACACUUUCCACCAAGAUCCUGAACCUUCGUCACAGCAGGAUGCCAUAGACAAACAAAAGGACAAACACGUGUGUUCUGUGGAAGAUUUGGCUCGCGAGGGUAUAACUGAUGCAUCAGCUGCCGGCAACGCUCAUGACCUAGCUGUAACCCGAGACCAAGAUGAAAUCACCGACACAGUAGGUGCUAUUGCUAUAGAUUGUUAUGGCAAUAUUGCCGCCGGUUCAUCUUCUGGGGGCAUUGGAAUGAAGCAUAACGGCCGCACGGGCCCUGCUGCGCUAGUCGGGAUAGGGACUGCAGUUAUUCCAGUGGAUCCAGAUGAUGAAAUGUGUACAUCCACUGCCGCCGUUGCGAGCGGGACAGGAGAACACAUGGCCACAACCAUGGCUGCUCAAACCUGUGCUGAAAGGAUUCACUCUAGCACGAAGAAAGUGCCUGGUCAUCCUGCCGUCAAAUCAAGCCACUGCCACGCAGCAAUUGGUGUAAUGACUGUCAAGAAAACGCAUGAUGGUAUUAUCUUCGUCUUCGGGCAUAAUACAGAUUCCUUUGUGAGUAUGGUUCUUUCCUAA